UCUGCUACCCGGCCUGAGCGGGGCGGGGCAGGGCGCUGCGGGCGGCCAUGCGGGCGGUUCGGCCGUGCGCGGUGUGCGGGGCGGACGGCGCCGCCAAAUACCGCUGUCCGCGCUGCGCUGCCGCAUACUGCUCCGUGCCGUGCUGCAAGGCGCACAGAGAGCGAUGCGCGCCGCAGAGGGAACGGCCGGCGGAGGAACGGGCGGCGCAGCGCGGCUCUCAAGCGGACGGCGCGUGGUCUGUGGCCGACAUACUGACAGAGGAGGACGAGCAGGACCGCGUCCCGCUGCAGAAACUCCGGCUGCUGGGAGAAUCAGAAGAACUGAGAGGUUUGCUGCUGAACCCACACCUCAGGCAGCUGCUGCUGACCAUUGACCAAGCAGAAGACAAAAGCUCUCUCAUGAAAAAAUACAUGCAGGAGCCACUCUUUGUGGAGUUUGCAGAUUGCUGCUUGAGGAUUGUGGAACCCCCAGAGAAGGAGAACAUUCUUCCUGAUUCACAAGGCUGAGAUUCAUCCACUGGAUUAGAGAAUUGAAUGUUCCCAAGAUGGAGAAGGCCUGACAAUACCUGCAAGAUAAUCAAGCACGGUGUUUUCUAAAACAGAGCUC